GAAAGUUAGCAAAAUACGCAGGAAAAUGAGCUGGGUUUCUGGCUUAUGUAUCUUUUGAGUUUUUUUUUGCUUUUCAUCGUAUUUGUAUAGUUAAAUAACGCUGAUAGUUAUUUUCGUUUUCAAAAUCCAUUCAAAAGUACAGAUCCUAUCUAAACAAUGGGAAAUUCGCACAGUAGCAAAAGUAGUUUCGGGGGGAAGCCCGUAAGUUCACCAUCCGUUAGCCCUACUGAAGUCCAACAAAAUCCGGCUGGUUCCAGUAGCAAUAAUGGUGCCACUAAAGGAAUGACCCGAUCUGCUUCUGGAGCUGAUCUCCAAGAUCGCUUACAAACGCAAUAUCAUCCGGUGGAGAAACUUGGAAAAAUAUUGGCCAAAAAAUGCGAAGAGGAACACGGAAUAAAUGGAAUAACGGGGGACAUAUUUGCAAAGUAUGUAUUUCCGAAGUUUCCUGAUUUGGGAAUGAAGCUCUUCAAGUAUCUCCGCCACAACAGCCGAGCAAAAACCGAUCACUUGGGACUGACUGCGUUCAGACAGCAAUGUGAAAAGUUUCUUAGUAUUCUGGAUGAUUCAGUUAUACUCGAGAACUAUGUUAAAAUGUUUGGAGAUUUGAAUGAAACUGAGCUUAUCAAACCGGAAAACUUGAAGGAUUUAUUACGAACGUGCUACAAUCUGGCCAUGGCGCAUUAUCAGGAUGGGCCUCAGACGUGUCGGUUGAAAGUUGACGAUGAAGAAUCGCUUGAUCGCACGUUGAAUUCCGUGGUGCAAUCCUGUUUUUUCUCCAAAGAAUCAUUGAGCUCCGGUUACAUAUGCCGCUGGUUGGAAAACAAUGUACCCCGUCUUGUGCCUCCGAUACACAAAUACUGCGUACACGCUCUGAGCACAUCUCACCGUAUCAUCAUCGAUAAAAAUAUGAAAAACAAUAGCGACACAGUGGUAUCCAUCACUGCUAUUAACGCUGGCGAAGCCAGUUAUGGAUUAGAGCUUCAAACACCAAUUUUGGAGAAAGGUAGCCCGAGUUUCGGUGUUAAUUCUGUGAACCAAGCUGACUGCAGUAAACCGUUAACCCAGGAAGCUCGUGAUAAAUUGAACAUUCAACAACCACUACUACCGUUAUCUGAAGCUUGGCUGUUGGCCGGAUCUUUGCCUGCAUCGUAUUCCAGGCCCCAAUCCAUCCAACCACCACUUAAUUCAAAUUCGUCCAACUUGGCGUCUCAUGUAUUUAUGGCCAAACUGUUAUCGAUGGUACCAUCGCACUGGACGCUGUUGUACGACUCCCGACAAGAUGGUGCUGGAACAAAUCGUUUCUUGCAUCAUGUGUUGGGCUAUCGAGGUCCUAAUUUAAUACUAUUUCGUUGUGACGACAAUCUGCUAUUUUGCGUAGCAAAUCCAAACGAAUGGCGCGAAACGCACCUCUACAUUGGUGAUGAAGACAGUUGUUGUUUGCAGUUACUACCGAAAUUUGUGAUGCUGGAGAAGAAAUCCAAAAGCUUGUAUUUGAAUACGCACAUUCGAGGCUAUCCAAAGGGGUUACGUGCAGGGUCGGAUACUCGUAAACCGGUAUUAAUCGUCGACGAGCACUUUGAGAAGCUUGAACAUCGGGGUUUACAGCACAAGAUAUUGUCUAUAGAGGUUUGGGGCUGUGGAAAUCCGUAUCAGCGAGAAGUACAACUGGAUAUUAAGAAUUGGCAAAUUAAAGAAGCCGAACGCCAACGAACAGUUAAAAUGACUGCAGCCGAUUGGAUGGACCAUCCGGAUCGUUACCUACUGGAGCUCGGAGGGCGUCAAAAUUACAACAAUUCAUCGUCAUAAAAUCUAGCAUGUUGCACGCUUAGUUGCUCCAUUCGCGAGUAUCGAAUGAAGUACUUAUUAGGGUGGUUCAAAACAUCGAUUUUGCUCCACCCCACUCAAUCGAUUCCAAAUCAGGGCACCUGAUCAUCCUACCAAAAUUUGAGCUUUUCUAGAUGCGAACUCGUACUGCACUUCCCCUUUGAAGUUUAUAUAGGAAAGGUUAACUUUUUACACUAUGAUCAUAAUGAUAAACGGAAUAGUUUGCUACCUGAAUUUUGUUUGAUUUUUCCCAGCUACAACUUUGCUGACUUUUUCAUAUUGCACUAUGCCAUAGUUCAUGGGUUUUUUGCCCUAUACUUCGCACCAGGUACACCAAUGUUUCCUACUGAGCAGUUGCUGGAAAAGGUCUUGUCACAUGGACAUCAUCUUCCUAAUUAAUUAAUCACAAAUUAUUCUGAGGUUCAAUCAAAAUGUGGUCUUCAGCAAAGAAGUUAUGAAAAAUUCACAUAAGCAAAAUUAGCAAACUUUUCCGUACAUCAUUAUGGUGAUGUGUGUGAUGCAAGAGUACCUCGUAAAAAAAUAAAUUAUUUCAUAGUAAUUCCCAUAUAAACUUCAAAAGGUCAGUCCAGUACGAGUUCGCAUCUAGAAGAGCUCAAAUUUUGUAAGGAUGAUCAGGACCUGAUUCGGAAUCGAUUGAGUGGGUUGGAACAAAACGAACAUUUUGAACCACCCUAGUACUUAAUACCUUAUUUCAAACAAGCGACUUAUGCAUAAUAUUCUGUGAACAUUUUCGGCAUGGAAUGUUGCCUGUAAAAAGUUUUCGUUAGUACUUAAAUUUAUGGCAGCAAUUAAAAUUGUAGACGCAUGUUUUCUGGAGCAGAAAAUAAACUCGACUUGUUGAUCA